UGCAUCACGCGCCUCACAACACACACACACACACACACACACACACACACAUCGCAAAUAUCAUUGCUCCUAAUCAUAUCGCAUUUAAAGCUAUUCAUCAUCUGACCGUGUAGAAAAGAAAGUAAGACGAAAGGAGCACGCCUGGAUUCUCACUGAUCUGUGUGAUCUGUAGCUUACCGUUUAUAUUCACACUCCUCUUACUUUUGACUUCUGUGAUUUACUGUAACGGAGGAGUCGUUGUCUCCGGCAUGUUGCUGAUAAUUGUGGUUUUACUGGUGAAUCUCCAAAUAGAGACUUCAGUGUCGUUGACUGUGGUGGUUCCUCCUGAUCCUAUAGUGGCUCAUGUGGGAUCCACAGUGACUCUUCCCUGCUGGAUCUCUCCUCCUGAGAACGCUGGAGCUCUGGAGAUCCGCUGGUACCGUCAGGAUCAGUUCAGCAACCCUGUUCUCCUCUAUAAUCAUGGGAAGAUCCAGGACGUCCAGGAGGAAUCAUACAGGAACCGAAGCUCUUUGACUCUGCGGUCAGAUCAGUCUGGUGGACUGAAGGAUGGAGAUGUCUCUCUACGGCUGGAGAAACUCACUUUUCAGGAUAAAGGUCCAUUUCACUGUUAUGUGAGCGGAGAACAUUCAUAUGGGAGUGAAGAGGUGGUUCUCAAAAUCACAGCUUUAGGAUCCACUCCUGUCCUGUCUCCAGAGUCUCUAGAUGAUGGUCGUGUGAACAUCAGCUGCAGGUCCAGUGGCUGGUAUCCAGAGCCCAGUGUCUCCUGGACGUCAGAUGAAGGAAGGGAUCUCCGUCCUGGAGGAACGUCUCACACUCGUGGAGCAGAUGAGAUGAUCUCUGUCCACAGCUGGACGGCCGUCUCUCUCUCAGACGCUCAACUGGUCUCAUGUUCAGUCUCUCUCAGACCUGGAGAAUUAAAAGAAGGAAGACUGGACAUACAGGGCAUUGUGUGUUCAGGUCCAUGGAAGGCUCUCUUCCUCACUUUUCUCAUCUGUGCUCUUCUGGGUUUGGUUGGGUUCAUUCUUUUCAAAUACAGACACAAACUAACAGGGAAGAAACCAGUCAAAGAAAUUUGUGAGGAGGAAACUAUGGAGAGACUGACCAAAGAAGAAGAACCAAAGAAAGAACCAGACUGUGAGGAGGGAUCUCUGCAGAUUCUGAGAAAGGAAGUUGUGGAAGACAUCAAUAUAGAGGAACUGAGGAAACAUGCAGAUGAGAUCACUAUUGACCGUGAGCAUUCACAUCCAGGUCUGAUUGUUUCUAGAGACUGUAAAAUGGUGAUGUAUCGUCCAGAAUAUAAACCCACUGGAGAGGGAUUUCCAUAUGAAUUAUGUGCUUUUGGAGCCCAAAGAUUCACCUCUGGUCGUCACUAUUGGGAAGUAGAGCUGGCACAAAUAAAUAGACCUACCAAAAACUUCUGGAUAAUUGGUGUGUUGAAACAUGGAAACUUUCGUUCAAAAGACAGAUCUGCUUUAACUCCAUCAGCUGGUUUCUGGUUCUUGUGUUCAGACGGUCCUUAUGGCUUUUUCACCAACACUGCUCCAUUGAUCAGAUUCUCCCUGACACCGAGACCUGAACGACUGGGAGUGCUGUUAGAUUAUGAUCACGGUCAGCUGUCAUUUUACAACGUCACAGAGAGAAAACAUCUCCUGACCAUCAGCAGCAGAUUCUCUGGAUCAGUUGUUCCUCUUUUCAACCCUGGUGUUGGUGAUAAGAGUCCGAUUACCAUCCUGGAUUGGCCAAAGCCUGUAGAAUCAGCUGUAGAAUUAGUUGUAAAGUCCAGUGAUAAUCCAGAAACUGUAGAAUCAGUUGCAGAGUCCAGACAGUCCUUAACAACAGCUCAGAAAGCCUGACUGACUAAUGCAGUUUAAACAAAUGGGUGAAUGUACAAUAAAAUACCAUCAACAAACUACAAAAAUGUAUUAGGAUGUAGUAAGGUGCUGGGAACAUCAAGCUCAUGGGACUGUUUCUUAUUAAUCAUGUGUACUUAUAAAACAUACAACUUGAACACAGUAUCAUCAAUUCAACCAAAAGUCAAUUUAUGACAACUUCAGAUGAUGUAAUCCAAUCUUACAACAUCACAAGCACAUUUGAAUCCUCCUUGACCACAUCUACAUACACACUAUAUUAUGUGGGGAAGUUGUGGCCAAGUGGUUAGAGAGAUUGACUCCUAACCCUAGGGUUGUGGGUUUGAGUCUCGGGCUGGCAAUAUCACAUCUGAGGUGUCCUUGAGCAAGACACUGAACCCCCAACUGCUCCCUGAGUGCCGCAGCAUAAAUGAUGCCGAGAGUGUGUGUUCACUGCUCCGGGUGUGUGUACUUUGGGUUAAAUGUAGAGCACUAAUUCUGAGUAUGGGCUACCAUACUUGGCUGUAUGUCACUUUCACCCUAUAAUAAAUAAAUGUGGACUUCAAAUAAAGUUUUAAGAUACACUUAUUUGUAGCAUCUGGACCAAUCAGACACACCAUUUUAAAUUUGAUUUAACAAAUCAAUUAUUCAUUAGAUCAACAAAUGAACACAGACCCCUCAGCCAAUAAACACACUAGGUGCCAGGAUGUCUGCGAAUGACCAGACCACUGGUUAACAUGGCAACUACAACCCCUCAGAAAGAUUUUACUAUCUGAAAGUAUGUGGAGAGGAUCUUCAUCCUAAGUUCUCUCUGAAACAUACUGCUAUAAACAUUGACUCUUCUCUAAUUAAUUCAUAGAAAAACCUUUCUUUGAAUGAACACACAUAUACUUCAGGUCAUUCUGUAUGUUGUUACUGUACUUGUAUAUUGUCUUUUUGUCUUGUAUCCUGUUUUAUGCAUACUUGUGAUAGAACUACGGAUUCAUGUAAUUUUACCUAUAUGUAAUCUUACCAUGUUUAGUAUCUAUGAAUUCAUCUUCUGAUGAUGUAAACGAGAGUGUAUAUAAUAUGUUGAAUGGGUUGUUAAAUUCCCCAGUAUUUCCGGGAAUUUCAGCCUUUCUCAUUGGACAAGCUCUUCCUAAGAGGCAUGAACUGUCUCAGACUUUAAAAAGGCUCAUACCAGUUCUGACCCCUCUCUCUUGACCUCUCUUCGAUCUGCUCCUCUUUCUUCUGUCAAGAGUAUGUGAGCUAGACCUCUCUUGGACCUAAGUCUGUGCAGGCCUCACACCUUCCAUUUCUCCAUUCACCAAAAAUCUUAGGAUCUGAGCUGAUGUCUCUCUUAGUCCUAUUCACUUUCCACUGGGAAUAAACUUCCAAUCACCAUCGAGUCAGGUCCCCUUUGGAAUUCAUCCCUCUUCAAAACCAGAAGAGUGUGAUCACGACUCCUACACCACCGAACCUCCAAA